AUGGCUACUGAAGUUCUGAUUGUUGGUGGGGGACCGUCAGGCCUCAUCUUAGGUCUUUUUCUGGCUGACCACGGAAUCAAGUCGAUAGUGCUUGAGAAGGCGCAGGAUAUCGUCACGGAUCCUAGGGGCGUGGUUUUGACUGGUGAUGCACUGCGCAGUCUGUGGAAACUGGGCAUCGGGAAGCGCGUUGCCUCAAUUGGUCAUGAGCUUCGUGCCAUCCACUUUCACCAAACAAACAUCCAAAACCGGCCCUUCCUGACACUCAAUUUGGACGAAGAUAUGAUGCAGCAUGCGCUCCCUAGUACCAUCCUACAGAGCCAACCUCGCUUGGAAUACGUAUUGCGUGAGAUGGUCAUGUCUUCCGAGUACUGCACUCUUCAAUCUUCAUGCGAGGUUGUGGACCGGGACGAAGAUGCAGACGGAGUCUCAGUCCACUAUAAAAAUGCCGACGGGAAUGACUGUCAAAUACGAGCAUCAUGGCUAGUUGGCGCCGACGGGAAGACGGGGAUUGUCCGCAAGCAUUUUCUGGAGCCCACCGCAGGUGUAAAACAAGAGGCUGGCAUCUUCGAGUAUGACAGCACUUGGAUCGCGGCCAAUCUACGCAUCAACCCGCCAACUGAGGCAACACAUCCCAAUUUUGCGCUGUGGGAUCUUGGCUACGACUCUAAUGCGGUUUAUGACUUAUUUUGGCCUCAAGAGUGGCAUUUCUGUCGGCCACCGGGAAAGCCAACCGCCUGUGGUCGUUUCGGACCACAAGCUGACCACCUCUGGAGACAUGAAUUUGCCGUCCCGGAAUGGGAAGAAUCUAUGGACGCAGUCAAGAUGUUCUGGGAGCAGCUUAUUCCCAUGAUCACUCGGCCAAUUACAUUGCCUGAAGGGACGACAACGCCAAUUACCUUCCCGAUUGAUUGCAUCGAGAUUCUUCGCUGUCGCCCAUUCCGCUUCUCUCAUAGAGUCGUCAACAUGUGGUUUGCCGGACGUACCGCGCUGAUCGGAGAUGCAGCACAUGUUUUCCCACCAUUUGGAGGCCAAGGCGUGGCCGCUGGAGUUCAAGACGCCGAGGCUCUGGCCUGGAGGUUAGCCGUGAUUACCAAAAUAGAGCACUCGCGCCAGACUUCGUCCUCUUUCAGAGACAGCCUCCUCCUGUCCUGGUCAUUAGAGCGACGAGUUAGUAUCGACAACUCGGCUCGUCUAACACUCCAAAAUGGAGAAUGGUGCAACAAAGAAGCCACUUGGCUAGGAACUUUCCGGAUCGCAAUCUUCAAAUUGGCUCUGAACAUCCUAACGCCAUUUAAGGUAAAGCUGCCCCAUGACGUUGCAGAUGCUCGCGGCUACUCUAGCUGUCAAGGCGGGACAUUUUUAUCUGCUGCUGGGGGUGGCACAAAGCUGGGUCAAAUUUUCGUCCAGACCUACCUCCCCGGUAGUGAACAUGUCACUAUUGAGCUCUCUGAUAAGGCUCUUCGUCGCGUUCCCACUAUCAUGAGUUUACUGGUGAUCAAUUCCUCAAGUCAACUGGACGAUGCGGACCUGAGGAAAAUCUUUCGCAAGUACCAGAUUCACUCAGAUAUCUUAUCUGCUGAGUCAAUCGUUCACUUUAAUUUUGGCGAAUUCAAUACGCAGCGCCGCACAGAUGGAAAGGCUGUGUCCUUCCCUGCACCCAUGCAUCUGCUGAACGGAUACCCCGUUCGCGUCGGAUACGACGUUCAACAAUUCCGACAACGGUUGGACGACGCUCAGGCAAAAUCUCUGUCUGAUUUGGAGGACUGUCUCAAGAAACUUGAGGUCAACUUUGGUUGA